UUCAGAGAUAGAAAUAAGUUAUUUUUACCAUCUAAUUUACUGAUAGUCUCUCUCUCUCUAUGUUCAGAUUCGCUCGUUAGCACCCUCGGCCAUGGAAUCGGAAUUAAUUACGGUCAAAUUGCUAACAAUCUCCCUCCACCGUCGCAUGUGGUAGAUCUCCUUAAAUCUCUCAACUUGAGCAGAGUGAAACUUUAUGAUGCCGAUCCGAAUGUGUUGGCUGCAUUCGCCAAUUCAAAUGUCGAGUUUAUAAUUGGACUAGGAAACGAGUACUUGCAGAAGAUGACGGAUCCUGCUGAAGCACAGACAUGGAUUCGACAGCACGUACAACCUUAUAUUUCUCAAACCAAGAUCACUUGUAUCACUGUCGGAAACGAGAUACUCACGAGUAAUGAUGCUCAGAUGAUGUCUAAUCUACUACCAGCUAUGCAGACAAUGUACAAUUCUCUUUCAAAUCUUGGGUUAAGCAAGGAGGUAUAUGUGACAACAGCCCACUCGAUCGGAAUCUUGGGUAAUUCGUUCCCUCCAUCUGCAGGAGCAUUCCGACAAGAUCUUGCCAACUAUAUCCAGCGCAUAUUAGAUUUCCAUUCGCAGACGGGAUCGCCAUUCCUUAUAAAUGCAUAUCCCUUUUUUGCAUACAAAGAUAACCCCGGUCAUGUUUCACUGGAGUAUGUACUUUUCGAGCCUAAUCCCGGGAUGAGAGAUCCGGUUACAAAUUUGAAUUAUGAUAACAUGUUAUAUGCACAGAUUGAUGCCGUUUAUACGGCGAUCAAAGCAAUGGGACAUACGGAUAUACAAGUUAAAGUUUCCGAGACAGGAUGGCCUUCUAAGGGGGAUCCGAACGAGGUAGGUGCUUCUACAGAUAAUGCUAGAUUAUAUAACACUAACAUGCUGAACCGGAUACAGCAACAUCAAGGUACUCCAGCGAAGCCGUCAGUCGCAGUCGACAUCUACGUUUUUGCACUUUUUAAUGAGAAUUUAAAGCCCGGACCGUCGUCUGAGAGGAAUUACGGAUUGUAUUAUCCUAAUGGUACUCUAGUUUACGAUAUUGGAUCAGCCUCA